GCCAUUGUUGUGACCCGACGACAGUGUUGGUAUUUUGAGGAGCCAAAAUUUCUGAGAAGAUUUCUGCUAUUUUCUGUGUGUUUCAGAUGUAACAGUGGUGGAUUGAGGCGGGCCUAAGCUUUAACACAUGGGACAGAAAAUUACCUAGUGAACACUCUCUAAGAAUCUCAUCCUCAGUGGACAUCUCAUUGAGGCCUUAACAGAACCUGACAAACAUGAGCUACUACGCAGGAAACAUACCUCCUCCAGAGAAGAGUGGUAUGUUCCCGCCAGGGUCCUAUCCCCCCUCAGCAGGUACCUACCUGCCAGCACAGAGUGGUUUACCCCCAGGGCCUCCCCAGCCCAGCUACCCAGCCAUGACACAGCAGUACCCAGGGGUUCAGCCCUACCCUCCCAGCAACGCAUACGGCUCCUCACAGACAGGCUACCCUGCCUCGACGCUUGGCGCCACCCCAGCUGGUUUUCAGACUAUGGGCUACUCUUCUAUGCCCUCCAUGAGUAACCCCUCAUACCCCAGCACCCAGGGCUACCCGCCCAACCCCCAAGCUGCUUAUCCAGCCUCCCAGGUGCCCACACAGUCCCCAUAUGGCUCAGCCGCGCUGCCGCCAUCCAAUCCAAUGUACCAGAGCCCUGCCUAUGCUGGUCUGUCUAUGCCCGGGGGUGCAGGUAGAGGUUACCCAGGUAUUCCCAUGUAUCCUUCAUCUAACUACAACAACCCUUACGGAGGCCCCUCCCCUUAUCCUGGACCUCCAUACUGAGUUUCUCUCUCUCCGUCCGGACAGACUUAUCGACUUCGCCGGGACAAUGUUGGCGGUAUGAAAAGACAAAAAAAAAAAUGGAAGAAAAUGACAUAAAAAAAUUGUUGAUUUAUUUAAUAAUUUUUUGUUCAGAGCUUCUAAAUGUAAGCUUCUCCUGUACUUCUCUCUCUUUGCCCUCCAAGAGGGCCUUGAUCUCUGUUUUACCUGUGUAUAAGUGUAUAUGAACACUGUAUACCUGUAUAUAUCUAUAUCUGUCUUUUGUUAGCUUCUCUAAAGAUGUCAGAAUCAGUUAGGAUUACAAGCAAAAUUAAAGCUGUUGCAAAAAUUCUUUUAAUGAAAAUCCUCUAGUGUCCUGCAGUAAUGGAAAAUAUGGUCUUAUGAGGUUAACUGCACAUUUAUAUACAUGUACGUUUCAUUGUGGGGUAAGAAAACCUGUGACAUGUAUAGAAUUAGGUAACAACAGUACAGAAUAAUAUCAGGUGAGAUGAGCUUAAAGGUGACGACGACAGUGUUGAAAUUGACGUUUGAUCACACAUAACCAAUGAGGUGUGCUGCUCCCCGAACCCAACCUAUUUGAUCCUAUCCCACGCAAGAGUUGUGUUUAUACCAAGGUUUAGAAACGGGCAUAUCAUUUUGAAGAAAAUUUACGUUCAGAAACGAGAUUUCACUUCAUAUGGACAUCCCAUAAUUUUUCAACUGUGGCACUAAUCAGGACUCUCACUAAUUCACGCAGGUUUCAUUGAGAUAAUGGAGGCUCUCACAAACUAACUCGGCUGAAGGUGCGAGUUCACUGUAUCUGCAAACGGACAUGCUGUCCCGACUAUGCAAGAUUUACUUUCAGUCUCACAACCACUGUAAAAUCACACCUUUUAGCCAGGGUGGUUUGUGAAAUUCCCCAAUUUGCCUCGUUCAAACUUAUCUGAACUCGCAAGACUCCUAAAAUGCUAAAAGGCUUUCUUGUAUUCCUGCACACCUAUCAGUGCAAAAUAUCGCACAUAAAGCAUUCAAGAUCAUGGCAUUUUCCAGUCUACAUCUAGUGAAUAUUGGCGUAAAACUGUUAUCCUGUACUAUGCUGCUUUCAAAAUGAUAUUUGGGGUUGUGACUUUGUUUCCAACAUAGGCGAGGUUGCUAUUUUGGGUAUAAUACUGUAUCUAUGCCAGUCAAGUUGGGUGGUUUCAUUUGAAGCACAUCGCAGUGUUAAUUGCUGUUGUUGCAAAAGGAAAUGGUGAAUUCCAGGGCAUUAAGUGGACCCUUUGCUAUACUACGUCUUAAACCAGUUCUGUUUUCCUCUGGUUGGUGAAAUUUGCAUAAUAAGCUUAUAACCAGAACAAGUUAACGUGAGAUUUGUAGCCAUUGUACAUUUACAUAUAUUUUUGUACAGCGGAUUUUGAUUUAUGUCUUAAACAUUUUUAGACCAUUUUUUCUAUAGGUGAUAUUAAAAAGGUUUUUAUAAGCUUGUUUUCCUUUUUUUAAAAGCAGUUCAGUGUUACUCGAGUCUUUGUAUAUCAGACAACCAAAUCUUCAGCUGGCCUGUGCGGGGAAACGGGUUGGCUGCCAUAAGCAGGAGAACAAAUCUGUACAUGGAAGAUAAUAAAAAAAAAACUGACUGAAGUUGUACCGUGAGAACCGUUGUUUGUGUUAUAUGUUUUAUAAGUAA